AUGGAUGAAGAAGCAGAGCACUACGACUUUAUGUGCCCAGGAUGGGUCGCUCAUAUGGGUGAGAUGUUGCAUAGAGAUAUAUCGCAUGUCGUUGCUCAGAUGCAAGCAAACGGUGGUGUGAUGCCAGAGUUUGAACUGCCGCCUCGAAGAGCAGGGCAUUGGUACGAUCAUGACCUCUUUUUCCCCUUAGACAUCCUUCCUCAGGCCGAUACUGAAGAAGUAGCUGUCAAUUCUCUGGAGGAUGAAGGAAACACUGUUGUCAAGGCCGAGCCUGGGUCGCCGGAUACCCUGGCUGCAUCCGACUCACCUCGAUCGCCAUGUCUUUAUGACAUCCCUCCCUUUCGACGCUCGCAAACCCUUUCUCCAGUGAAUAUUGAAGAGGCAGACGUCGACCCUCUUGAGAAUGAAGCAACCGCCACUGUAAAGCCAGAGCCUUCUCCAGAAACUGACGACGAUGUCGUAGAGGUACCGCGCUCACCAGGCUCACCCUCCCUCUACGACAUCCCCCGCUUCUACGCCGCACCUGGCAUGUCCCCUCCCCAACCAGACAUGGAACGACCCAUCCCAUCCCGCCCUCCCUCCCCACGAACCAGUCCCCAGCGAAACACCCUCGGAGGACGCAUCAACGGCCGUAGCAUCCGUCGCAAUCUCCAAUUCUUCAUCAACCGCGGUAACCAGCGCCGUGCUAUUAGUCACGCUCAGAUGCUCCGUCGGCGCCGAAUGCAAGAGGAGCGAUUUGGGCUGCGAGAGUACCGACGCCAUGUUGAUGGGCUUCAGCGUCAGCAUGAGGUGCGCCUGCGAGAUGGGGAGAAUGCGCCGUGCAAUAGCAUGCCUGUUUCGCGCCGACGUCGGUUCCAUUGUGCGCCGCGGUUUGUGGAGAGAUUCAGCGUGAGAGAGGAGGAGUAUAGUGGCCGUCUGAACCCUUAUGACAUUUACUAA